AAUAAGCAGAAACUUGUUUCAAACGGUGAAUUGAGCACAUUUUUGCCUCCCUAAAUAAAAAGGAGGAAAUCAAAGAAAAAGCAGCACACGUACUUCAGAAGAGACAAACAGGACAUACACACUUAUUACAGAGAUGAGCACCGAUGGAACAGGACACACCCCAGAGCAAAUGGAACCCCCUGCUUCUCCACCCCCAGAGUAUCCAACAUUUCCGUUAGAGUAUGACAUGAACGCGCCUGUCGCACCCUCAGCACCUGAGGCUAACUCUUUCCUUCCACCGUCUUACGACAUGGUGACACAAGCAGGAUACGCAGCAUAUCCACUUUCUCAACCAAAUUCCCAACCUGACCCAGUCUCUACCAACACCAACAAAAGUGAUGCCCACCAUGGUGAAGAUGCAGGAUAUGCAGGUUAUGGUCCCCCGUCUUCUCAACCAUAUUCCCCACCAGACCCGGUUUCUACCAACACCAACAGAAUUGAUCCCUACCAUGCUGCGGUAGAGGCCUACACACGCAACCGUGACCUUGGCUUUGACGACAGUAAUAUCAAAAGUAUUUUCAUCAGAAAGGUGUUCCUCGUGUUAACGGCACAGCUGAUGGUGACAUGUGGAUUUGUGGCUAUUUUCACUAUUUUUAAAGGAAUCAGGGAUUUUGUCCAGAAGAACAUCUGGAUUUACAUCAUGUCCUACAUUGUGUUCUUCAUCUGGAUUUUUGCCAUCUGUUUGUCUGACAGUCUUCUCCGGAAACGACCAUGCAAUAUGGUCACUUUGUUCAUUCUGACGUUAUUAUUGUCCUUCCUGCUGGGAAUGAUUGCAAGUUUCCACGACACUGAAUGGGUGCUCAUGGCAGUGGGCAUCACAGCUACGGUGUGCUUCACAGUGGUCCUAUUCACCUUCCAGUCCAAAUUCAAAUUCACUUCUUGCUAUGGAGUGCUGUUUGUCUGCCUGAUGGUUCUGAUCAUCUUUGGCAUCCUCUGCAUCGUCAUGCCACACAAAAUCCUGCAAGUCGUGUAUGCUGGAGUGGGAGCAUUAAUCUUCAGCUGUUUCCUGGCGUUGGACAUGCAGCUGCAGUUUUGGACUGACAACAAAGACCACCCCUUGAGCCCAGACGAAAUUGUCUAUUCAGCUCUAAACCCUUAUGCACACAUCGCCUACAUUUUACUCUGUUUUCUCUACGUUGCAUCGGUAUCAAAUAGUGGUCAAUGUACAUAAACCAUGUACAAAUUAGGAAUGCCACAAUUCUGGAUGAAAAUCAAACUGUUAGUUACAUCCUGAAUCGUGGAGAAAGUGAAUCGUUGCAUUUAUACUGCAUACCAGUAUAUUUACAUUAAAACAAAUUUUUGCUAAAUUAAAAAAUUGUUUUCAUCUUUUUGUUACAUUACAUCAAGCUAAGUGUGAGCCAAUUGAAUGGCUUUUCAUCACUGUCACUUGUUUAUAAAAGGAUUUUUCUGAUAUUUGUUUUGUUUUUUUGUUGCUGUAUUAAACUGAACUGAACCGAAACAAAACUGUGACCCAAAAAUUGGGGCCACGAGGAAAGUGAAUUAUUACUCAUGUUACUUAAAAUGUCACACAUACAAGGUUCAAGAUAUUCUUUAGAAAUUAAAUCAAAAAUGUCCCCAGCAUUUUGGCAUAGCUUCGUCCUUCUAUUAUCUAAACCUUCUCAAUCCCCUUUGGGGUCACAGGGCUGCUGGAGCCUAUCCCAGCUGCUGUUGGAUGAAGGCUGGGCACAUCUUAAAUAGUUAGAUCAUCAGUCUGUUGCAGGGUCAUACACUUUUCACAUCUAAAGGAAAAUUUAAAAACAUCAUUUAACUCAUGGAGCAUGAUGAUCAUUUUUGUCUUUUCUUUAGAUUGGACUCUUUGGAAGAUAAAAACAUUGAUUUUCAAAGGUUUUUUUUUUUUUAAGGCAGUGAACAUUCAGGCUGCUGUCAUCAUCUUAAUCCAGUUUUCCCUCAAUUUUAAUGUCCAGACCUAUUAAACAUAAUAUUACAUUUUGAAUAUGAAAAAAGACGGACAGCCUUUAGGUUUCUCAGGGUAGAGCUUUGAUUUGGUCAGAGCACUCACUGCUUUUUUGAAGUGGAUAAUUAUUGACAACAUAUGACUAACGAAUUUCCUCUUCUUUUCAGAU